AAUUGAAUUUUAUCCUCGGGGGAGACUCGUACUCUGGACAAUAAUUCAUAAAAAAUGCGUCGAUUCCAACCAUGAUCCCAAAGUUUAGAUGGAUUUUAUGGGUUCUUAUAAUCUUGGUAGCUUGCUUGAAAAUUGGGGAUUACUGGAAAUUGGACGAGAAUGAGACGAUUGGCCUUUCAUGGAGGCCAAAAAGGCAAACUUUAUCGAGGGAAUAUCCGUUGCCCAAUUUGAGAAAUAGGAACGUGUUUUAUAACAGAAUAGAAAAAUGUGGAAGUAGAUCUCUGAUAAGCAUUGCGAUCAACAUCGCACAAAGAAAUAAAAUAAAGGUGAUAUCAGACAACAAAAUUUAUAAACGCAAACUUGAGGGAGUGGAACUGAAGGAACUUCAACAAAAUAUUAUCAAUAUCUUUCCCCCAACAUUUUAUGAAAGGCAUCUUUUAUAUGUUGAUUUCGACAUGUACCCGGAGUCUCUUCGUCCCGUUUAUAUCAACAUCGUGAGGGAUCCGAUUGAACGUUUUGUUUCGCAUUUUAACUACGAAAAAUAUGGUGAUGCCAGUAGAAAUAAAUCUCGCAGUCCACCAAAGGCAGGUAGAGAAAACAUUAAUGACUGUGUUUUAAAGGAGAUAGGCGUUUGUAACAGGCACAACCCGAUGAUGUUUAACAUGGGAUUUUAUUUUUGUGGGAUGGGCAAUACUUGUAAAAUAAGAUCAGCGACACGCGUUAAAAUAGCGAAAAGGCAUGUCGAUGAAAAGUACUCAGUGAUCGGGGUUUUAGAGGAAUUUGAGAAAACUUUACUUCUAUUUGAGUGGAUGUUGCCGGACUAUUUUCAAGGCGCACUUGAUAUCUGGAAGACUCACAACGAAACAAGUGGAACAACGGAAAGCAUAAAAAGAGACUUUUUGACACCAGAAUCACGAAAAAAGCUAAAAGAAGACUUAAUGGCAGACGAAUAUGAAGUUUAUUAUCAUGCAAAAAGAAAAUUCGAAAACUUGAAAAGAAAAUAUUUAAUAACCUAAAGCAAAUCAAUUUUUCUUGUCUGUGCCUAAUUUCCCUUCAACGUUUGUUUAAACAAAUUAGAUUUCGCCUUCAAGACGUUUUGUCUUAUGAAUGCAAUUAUCUUAGUAAUCGCAAUAAAACGUUUUUGAUGAAGUACACCAGUGAAGCAAAUUAACAUUGGUAAAUAAUUGUUGGACACGAAAAAUAACAACAAGAACAACAACAAAAUAACGAAACGAUCGUUAUGUUUCGAUCGUUUCAAUAUUUUGUUGUUAUUUUUCGUCAUCAUUAUAAAGUCGCUCUUCUCUUCGAAUACUGGACCAAUUGCUUUGAAAUUUUCAGUGAGUGAAGAUUAUAUUUUUCGCUACAUAAAAUAUCGCUGUGCUGUAGAUGUAGUGUGUUAAUUUUUUCAACUUUAUUCAUUUAGCUAUUGGACCGUUUACUGUUAGCAUCAGCAAUUCGCUACAUAUUUGUUUUCUUGUUUAAUAACAUUUACUUGUGUUAUAUUUUACUUUAAAUUCUAAGAGUGCUGUAAACUUAAGUUGAAUAAAACCCUAUAUCAAGGUA